CGGAGGGAGCGAGGCAAAGAAACAGCAGCAGCCAUGGAUAACAUAUUGCUGGAGAUGGGAUGAGCCAAGGCUUGAGGAAAAAUAUCUUAAAUGGUAAGGGCCUCAGAGGGAGAAGAGCCAGCCAGUGGGGUCCCAGCCCAUGAUCAAGGAUAUUUUUGAUGGGCUUAUCUAGCAAUUUCCUUGGAUAGUUCAUGUCAAAGAGCAGUUCUUGAGUAGGUUUUUUCCUACCAUAAAAAUCCACCCAUAAUGCGUAUUUGGUUUUUCGGGUUCGGGUAUUCGGUCAGGAUAGAUUCGGAUUUUUUGGAAUUUGCUGACUUUUGCACACACCCCUAGGCCAGAUCGACUUUGGAUUGGAAUAGAAAUAAUUGGCGGACAAAAGUAAAUAUUUAAAACAACAAUGCGGGCAAAUCGUCGCGGCGGCUUCCACACAGAUAGUUUUCUUUCCUUGUGAGGUCGGAUCUCUUUCCUUCAGGAUGCCGCUCUUCCCUCUCACGGAGAACGUCUUGUCCGUUCUGGAUUCGCCGGAAGGUGAAGCAAUAGGGUCGGCUUUCGGCAUCGGAGUUGAGCUUACAGGAAUGCUGACGGCGCUCAGUGACGUCCAGGAAAAGCUUCAGCAGAUGAAGGGAGCACUCGGUGGCGCUGACUUCUUUCUGUUUGGGACUCCCCUCAUCCACUGGGACAGAUUAAAGGAAGCGGUGUUCGAUGCGGAGUUCCUGCUCGACGAGCUGUCCACGCAGCUAGCGCUUUUCCGGAGUAUGGGCCGCCACACGCUCUCCGGAAGGAUAGGUCUUUUCUUCUCUAGACGGAAUCCCUUUCGAUUGAGGAGCAGGAUCAAGCAAAUCAACGAGGGGCUCGGUGAUUUUGCCCGUGAACCUCUAGACUUUAAUGAAGGAGCGUGGAAGCAGCGAUCUAAUUACUUGGUGGCCGCUCUUCAGGGACCGGAAAGGGGCUUCUUCGAUCUCCCUUUACGUUUAAAGCAUUGCUUUGCAUACUGUCUGUUAUUUCCCGAGAACUACGUGAUUGACAGGUCGACCCUUACACAGCUGUGGAUGGCUCAGGGACUGGUGCCAUCAGCCGAUGCCAACAAUGAUAGUGGAGGAGAGGAUGUAGGGUCUGCUUAUGUCGUGAAUCUGUGCAGGAGGUCUUUAUUAUCCGAGGUUCAAGAAGACGAGUUUGGCAACAUAGCAAGCUUCAAGGUGCACAAUCUCGUGUACAAAUACUUGCGAGCAAUCGUGUGGCCCGAGUAUUCCACUCUGUUUUUUUGUCAAGAGUGCUUUCACUUAUCGGCUAGCGAGGUUAGAUUUGACCAGCAAGGACGUAUCAUUGCCAGUGCCAUUUUCGAUGUGCCUAGAUUGAGGACAUUCCUCAUACCAUAUCAACCGAAGCUAGUCAAUCUGAUUUAUGACCAUGGAUGGAAGUAUGAAUGGUUCAUCCAGACGUCACCUUGCCUUCGCGCAUUGGAUUUGCACCGCACCCAUAUUACGAAUGUGCCAUGGUCCGUAGACAAGCUAAAGCACCUAAGGUACCUCGAUCUCUCCGGGAACGCUUGCAUAGAGACGCUUCCGCGUUUUAUAACUACAUUAUGGAAUUUGCAGACUCUCAAGCUGUCUUUUUGUGAAAGGCUCAAGGAAUUACCAGAUGACAUGGAAAAACUAGUCAAUCUUAGGCAUCUUGAGAUUGAUGGGUGUUGGGGAUUAACUCACAUGCCUUCCGGGUUAAGCGAAUUGGAAGGUCUACAUCAGUUGAGAGGAAGGUUAGAACUUCGAGGAUUGGAAAAAGUGAAGGAUGCAUCAGUAGAAGUGAAAGCAGCAAAUAUCAAGAGCAAGAAAUAUCUUGAUACAUUGACUCUAGUGUGGGAAGUUAGAGAAGCUGUUGGUGAUGAUGAUGCUGCUGCACGGACUUAUCGAGAUGAUAAAAUGACUCUGCAGACUCUUGAACCGAACUUGAACCUCAAGGGGCUGUGCAUUAAUGGGUAUGGUGGAGCUAAAUUUCCAACUUGGCUAUCCUCGCUGAUUCAUCUAGUGAAGAUCACCUUGAGCAAUUGUUAUCAAUGCCGAUAUCUCCCUCCACUGGAUCAGCUUUUUGUGCUGAAGCAUCUCAUGCUUGAAAAGUUGAGUGCCUUAGAAUUCAUAAUCGGAAAUGACCCGAGCAGUUCCUUUCGAAGACCUCGAGUGGCGACAUAUUUCCCCUCCCUUGAACAACUCUGUCUUAGAGAAUUGCCAAACUUGAAGGGCUGGUUUGAGGAAGAUAUGAUCACAGAUUGGGAAGAUGGCAUGUAUCAACAAGAACAUUUGCCGACUUCUUUCAGUGUGCUUUCUGCAGUAACUAUCGAUGACUGCCCUGAGCUUUCGAUGUCACUACUUCCAAGGGUUCGGAGCCUGCGCGUAAACAAGGCAGGCAAGAACCAGUUGCAGUGUUUCUUACAGCCGUCUCUUCCUUGGCUGGCUCAGUCAGGUUCCUCUUCCUCUAUGUCCAACAUCAUGCGCGCAGACCUCAAGUCCUUGUGCCUUUCUUACAUGAGGGAUCUCGACCAUCUGCCUGAGACGUACUUCUCGAAGCUCUCGUCCCUUGAGGACGUAGAGAUUCAGCACUGUCCUAACUUAGUGGGUUUGCCACCCUUGAAGUCCCUCAAGCGUCUUACUAUCUUGGGUUGUCAAAGGCUAACUUCUCUCUCGGGAUGGAUCAAUCAUCUCACUGCACUUGAGAAUCUCAAACUUCACAGGUGUCCCGAGCUUGAUCUGUCGCUUUAUCGCUGCCAUAGCAAGAUUGAAGACAUUGUCCUGAGGUGGUGGCCUGAAUUUGAAAUGUCACUGAGUUCUGAUACUGGGGAGCAAAAGCUUGACUCCUCAAGUGCAUCUGAUGAUUCUGAUGGCAGUGGAUUGUGGGGCAAACUUCAGAGAUUAACUUCAUUGGAGAUUGUGGAUAUCCCAAAGUUGGCUUUUCUGCCAGGAGGGCUUCGACUUGUGACAUCACUGCAGAAGUUAGAAUUGACCGCAUGCAGUGCCCUGGAAGAGUUGCCUGAGUGGAUAAGUGAAUUUCAGUUUCUACGCCGGCUGAACUUGAGUUUCUGUCCCAAUUUGAAAUCGUUGCCUAAAGGAUUGGCUCGUCUCAAAGAUUUGUCUGGCCUGAAUAUUAUUGGCUGUCCCCACCUCAAGCGAAGGUACAAGAAGGAGACUGGUACUGAUUGGAAAGAUAUCGCUCAUGUUGGGGAUGUUGAAGGUUGUUAAAUCUGUGCUCAUUGUCAACGAUGGAAACUUCUCUGUGGGAGCUUGGCUCAUGAUCAGCCAGUGCAGAACAUUCUUAUUAUUCAUGGAUGAAUCAUCAUGCUGUAAUUUGAACCCGAAGGUUAAAUGUUGUCUUCUCGCCUUGCUUUCUUGAUCAAAACUAGGUCGCAUGUACAGAGGAAAAGGUGAAAAGUGGGAAUCUGUAGAAACUUGUUCCCUUUUUCUGUUCUGUUGGAUCAUCUCAGGCCAGGGACCUUCUGUCUAUACAUGCCAAAUUCAUUGUAGGAUCCCCGUCCUUGUCGAUCUUUGUGCCAUUUCUUCUCUAUGUUAUGCCAGUGAUCUGCUUA